AUGAGCUACCACGAAUACCUAUUUCAGUUUGUUUCUAGAUCAUUGACGGACUGCACAGCUGAAGUCCAGCUUGGCGUCAGCACUGUGUCACGCGUCACGGCGCAUCAAUGCAUCAAGCUCAAGUGUGACACUGCCGCGGUCCCGCGUCAUUCUAGGACCCCGGGCAAUGGUAGGGGAGGCCAGGUCACAAUCCGGACGGAUUUUGAAGAAAAUUUGAAAAAGGCCAGGAGCCAAUCCGGACAAAAUUGACGAAAUUUUCGAAACAGCCAGCGCCCUUGAUCCAGACAAAAAUUCCGCCUCACUGUGUAGCCAGUCACAGGUUCCAGAGUUUGUAAAGCUCUCAUGUUCAAAUCUCCUGCUGUACUA